UUUAGCACAAACGUAAAACCCCACAAGCUACACAGAAGACAAAUAGCAGAUAAGGGAGGCAACAAAGAGAUGGCUUCAUGGAGCAAAGCUCUUCUCUCUUUCGGGCUUGAACCACAUCCCUCCUUUCCUACUUCUUCCACACCCCGCCUUUCCUUUUUCAACAACUCUUUUUCUUCUUCUUCUUCUUUCAGUCGGCAUUCACCUUUUUUUGCAUUCAAAACCUUGGCUAUUAUCAAACUAAACAACUCCUCCACUUACCCUUUAAGAACCAGCAGGAACCCAACACCUUUUUCCCUGUCAUUCUCAUCCACCAAGUUUGUUUGCAAAGCCGCUGAUUACAAAUUCCCUGACCCAAUUCCCGAAUUCGCUGAUGCUGAAACGGAUAAGUUUAGAACACAUCUUCUCAAUAAACUGUCCAAGAAGGAUAUUUUUGGAGACUCAGUUGAAGAAGUCGUGGGAAUCUGCACUCAGAUAUUUAGCACUUUCUUACACACCGAGUAUGGUGGUCCUGGGACGCUCUUGGUCAUACCUUUUAUUGACAUGGCUGAUACUCUUAAUGAGCGGGGGUUGCCUGGAGGACCGCAAGCUGCACGUGCUGCGGUUAAAUGGGCUCAGGAUCAUGUAGACAAGGACUGGAAAGAAUGGACUGGCUCCAAUUAAUGGAAAAGCCUCCUUAUCUGGGGGAAUAUAAUUUUCACGAGAAAUGUAUGUUGUAAGAGCUAGUCAGGUAUUGAAAAAGCUUUAAUUCUUACUCUGUUUGCCCUCGAAACUGGGAAGUCCUUGUGAUUUGUGAAGGUGGCAAGCCUAAAUUGACGUCUGAGAAGAUGUUAUGAUAAUAGUUUUGUAGUAAGCAUUGUAUUAGAACUUUAUAAUGAGAAUAUGAUCCUUGGACAAUUUUUCUGAAUUAGAAUUACAGAUCAGAAGCAGCUGAUAAU